UCCCUUCAAACGCCAGCGCAGUUUCUCGCUGUAUGGAAAUACAGGUGGACCCCAUUGCUGCACAUCGCCGCUUUAAGCGCCGCCUCCACGCCUUUCAACCCGCACAAAACAGGUGCGGGUACUUCCGGUCCGUUCAGACCGCCGCGAUGUGGCGCCGCCGCAGCUCCGCUCUGCUCCGCGCCGCUCUGAGCUCCGGGCCCGGAUCGCGGCGGCUCCUCCUGCGCCAGCUCUUCGAGCCGCGUUCGUGCACUUACACCUACGUGCUGGCGGACGAAGCGACGCGGGACGCGGUCAUCAUCGAUCCGGUGCUGGAAACGGUGCCCCGUGAUCGGCGGCUGCUGAAGGAGCUCGGCCUGACGCUGCGUUACGCGGGUGGGCACCGGGAAGGCUCGGCCGGAAAAAGGGAGGGGGAGGAAGCAAAAAAGUGACGGACCGGAAACGGGGGUCAAAAGGUUCGACCGGAAGUGGGGAAUCAGGCCAAUGGAUUCAACCGGAAGCAGGGAAAUUGGGGCGCUUCCGGCAUGGAGGAACAAGGGAGAGGGUCCAACCGGAAGUGGGACCCCCGAGUGCGGAUCCCAUGCGUGCGCGGCCCCCUCUCAC